AUGGGUCAGGAUGACGCGAGAUCACUGAACUUGCGUCGAAAAGUAAGGAACAACAAGAAUAGAAGGAAGGAAUGUCAAGAACAGAUACGACUCGCACAGGUGAGAAGCCGUUCAAAUGCGAUAUAUGCGAAAAAAAUUCAUUCGAAAAAGGGAUCUGGUUGUACACAAUAUAAACUCACACAGGUGAGAAGCCGUUCAAAUGCGAUAUAUGUAAUCAAAGAUUCCGUCGAAGUGAUUAUGCGCUUGCACAUAAAAGGACUCACACAGAUGAGAUGCCGUUCAAAUGCGAUAUGUGCGAGAAGAAUUUCACUCGGAGAGGCAGUUUGUUUGCACAUAGAAGGACUCACACAG